AUCGAGGGGACUCUGACCACAACCUGUGGCUGGGAAGGGAGACAGAGGCGGCGGCGGCUCAGGGGAAACGAGGCUGCAGUGGUGGUAGUAGGAAGAUGUCGGGCGAGGACGAGCAGCAGGAGCAAACUAUCGCUGAGGACCUGGUCGUGACCAAGUAUAAGAUGGGGGGCGACAUCGCCAACAGGGUACUUCGGUCCUUGGUGGAAGCAUCUAGCUCAGGUGUGUCGGUACUGAGCCUGUGUGAGAAAGGUGAUGCCAUGAUUAUGGAAGAAACAGGGAAAAUCUUCAAGAAAGAAAAGGAAAUGAAGAAAGGUAUUGCUUUUCCCACCAGCAUUUCGGUAAAUAACUGUGUAUGUCACUUCUCCCCUUUGAAGAGCGACCAGGAUUAUAUUCUCAAGGAAGGUGACUUGGUAAAAAUUGACCUUGGGGUCCAUGUGGAUGGCUUCAUCGCUAAUGUAGCUCAUACUUUUGUGGUUGAUGUAGCUCAGGGGACCCAAGUAACAGGGAGGAAAGCAGAUGUUAUUAAGGCAGCUCACCUUUGUGCUGAAGCUGCCCUACGCCUGGUCAAACCUGGAAAUCAGAACACACAAGUGACAGAAGCCUGGAACAAAGUUGCCCACUCAUUUAACUGCACGCCAAUAGAAGGUAUGCUGUCACACCAGUUGAAGCAGCAUGUCAUCGAUGGAGAAAAAACCAUUAUCCAGAAUCCCACAGACCAGCAGAAGAAGGACCAUGAAAAAGCUGAAUUUGAGGUACAUGAAGUAUAUGCUGUGGAUGUUCUCGUCAGCUCAGGAGAGGGCAAGGCCAAGGAUGCAGGACAGAGAACCACUAUUUACAAACGAGACCCCUCUAAACAGUAUGGACUGAAAAUGAAAACUUCACGUGCCUUCUUCAGUGAGGUGGAAAGGCGUUUUGAUGCCAUGCCGUUUACUUUAAGAGCAUUUGAAGAUGAGAAGAAGGCUCGGAUGGGUGUGGUGGAGUGCGCCAAACAUGAACUGCUGCAACCAUUUAAUGUUCUCUAUGAGAAGGAGGGUGAAUUUGUUGCCCAGUUUAAAUUUACAGUUCUGCUCAUGCCCAAUGGCCCCAUGCGGAUAACCAGUGGUCCCUUCGAGCCUGACCUCUACAAGUCUGAGAUGGAGGUCCAGGAUGCAGAGCUAAAGGCCCUCCUCCAGAGUUCUGCAAGUCGAAAAACCCAGAAAAAGAAAAAAAAGAAGGCCUCCAAGACUGCAGAGAAUGCCACCAGUGGGGAAACAUUAGAAGAAAAUGAAGCUGGGGACUGAGGUGGGUCCCAUCUCCCCAGCUUGCUGCUCCUGCCUCAUCCCCUUCCCACCAAACCCCAGACUCUGUGAAGUGCAGUUCUUCUCCACCUAGGACCGCCAGCAGAGCGGGGGGAUCUCCCUGCCCCCACCCCAGUUCCCCAACCCACUCCCUUCCAACAACAACCAGCUCCAACUGACUCUGGUCUUGGGAGGUGAGGCUUCCCAACCACGGAAGACUACUUUAAAUGAAAAAAAGAAAUUGAAUAAUAAAAUCAGGAGUCAAAA